AUACGGUCCGUGUAACUGCACUUCUAAGCAUUGUGCGCAUAGUCAACUCCGGCCCCAAUGCGAUUGUGGUCGUGAUUGACUGCGAGAGAUAAACAGAGAACGCGAGUUCGCAUACACAGGCGUUGUUCCAGGUGCUGGGCUGAGAGGUGGUGUGGUGUAGUGUACGGCAGGCCAGGGACAAUGCAGUCCAUCAAAUGUGUUGUAGUGGGUGACGGAGCCGUGGGCAAGACCUGUCUGCUUAUCUCCUACACUACCAAUGCUUUCCCGGAGGAGUACAUACCAACCGUGUUUGAUAACUACAGUGCCCAGACCAGUGUGGAUGGUCGCACUGUCAGUCUGAACCUUUGGGACACAGCAGGACAGGAGGAGUAUGACCGCCUCCGCACCCUCUCCUAUCCGCAAACUAACGUCUUCAUCAUCUGCUUUUCGAUCGGGAGCCCUUCCUCCUAUGCUAACGUGCGCCUUAAGUGGCAUUCUGAGGUGUCGCACCACUGCACAGCGGUGCCCAUUCUCCUGGUGGGCACCAAGAAGGACCUGCGUGAGGACAUGGAGACGGUGAAGAAGCUGAAGGAGCAGGGGCUGGUCCCCAGCACUCAGCAGCAGGGCGGGGGCCUAGCCAAGCAGAUCGGGGCAGUGAAAUACAUGGAGUGUUCGUCCCUGCAGCAGGAUGGAGUCAGAGAUGUGUUUGCCGAGGCAGUGAGGGCUGUUCUAUACCCUGUCACACGGAAGAAUGGCAAAAAGUGUGUGGUGUUGUAAAAUUAGGGCUGUUAGGACUAGGAGAAAGAGGAGGAGAGACAAGUAGAGAAAAGAAGGAAAGACAGUUGUUUAGAAAAUUUACGAGACUUUUGUUUCCCGUCUUUGUCAUCUCAUCCUGUCAAGUCUUAGAUGUCCAGGCUGAUAUUGUUUCACCAUCAUCAUCAUCUUUACUGAAAUGACGAUGACCAAAGAAGUGACCAAAGAUCUUGGUCACUUUGGAUCUGAUAUUGUUUCGCCAUCAUCAUCAUCUUUACUGAAAUGAUUCCUUGCUCCAAAUCACCACAUCUAAUUUUCUUGAUUUUUAUUUAUGUUUUUAAGAAUAUAAUGCUGAUUUUUUAGUGCUCAAGUUAUAGGGACUGACUGUGAAUAGAUGCAGACAGAUACAGCACUGUACUUUGAUCAGAUCAAAUUGACUGUCUGUACUGUAAGAAUUGACUGGCUUGCUACUGGGCUGGCUGUUUGGAUGGUUUGCAAACUGGUACCUAUGCUCCCCUUCUCCACCUCUCCUUGCCAAGCAUCGAGGAGAUAGAGAAAAGCAAAGCCUUUACAAGCAGUCCAGGCUUCCUGACAGAAGGGAGGGAGGUGGGGUGGGGGGAGUGGGGCAGGGAUCAGGUGGCUGGAGCAGACAGAGAUUAACCCUGGGAAACCCUUGCUACUGACUCUGUUAAGCAUUGUUACAGCGUUAACUUAACCAUGUGGGCUACACUUUCUUUGUAUCAAUUAUAAUGACACCACUUGAACAGUGCCAUAUUCUAAGGUAAAUGCAACAGCAGAAAUAUUUCAGGCUGAAGAUUAUCUAGAGAUGUUAGUGUUCAAGAGGUUGUGAUGGUACCUACUCACUCGCCCCCUUUUUCCAUCCCACAUCCUGGUUGUGGAAACUGCUAGAAUAGCUUUAAGAGCUUGCUGUAUGCCCUGGCCAAUGGCUGAAAAUAUCCAUUGUGACAUUGUCUUGAAAUAUGAUUGUGUCCUCAAGCAGCACUGUGAGGAAGAGAGAGGAUUGAGUGUGUGUGUUUUUUAACAUUUUGAAUUAUUCAAUUGACGGCUUUGGUCUGAUGCCUGUGGUCAUGACAUUUUGAAUUUUGAGUCAUGAUUGGUGGAGUUACUGUCACUGUCUGGGGAGGUAAUGUUGUUGAGAUGUUCCUGACGUUCUCUUUUUCUUUCUCUAGGCCAAAUAGAAUGUUAACUGGGUCACUGGGCCCAAAACUUUUAAAUCAAAACCUGUAGCUUUAGUGAUCCCCCUUGAGCCAGCCUAUCUGUCUAGCCUUGCAGGUUGCAGCAGUGUGCAAUGCAGUCCUUUAUCUACUCUAGUGCCUUGUCACAAUCAGACACUACCAAAGCUGUUGAUCAAGCUAAGAUGUCUUAUCACAGUACUAUUGGACUUGAAACUGGAUACACACACAUCUGACCAAGGCCCGGACUAGUUUUAGAAAGCUUACUCUGUUUCCUGUUAGAGGUGAACACCCUCCCUGUAAAAAUCAACCAAGAGGUAUUAAAAAAACAUAUGCUCUGUGUGUGUGCACAGCAUAUGUUUUAAAAUAUGCUUUUAAAUCGUAUACUCCAUUCCCAGCUCUUCUCAGUGGAGGGUGGUUUGUUGCCUGCAUAAUACUGGUGCAUUGAGACUAGGGCUUGCAAGGGCUUGAUUCUUGACGAAAACAUAUGGCCACACCAAGGACUAGUUUAAUUUGAUUGCAUAGAGGUAAGAAUUUUCCAGUGAAAUAGCCUGUGGGAAAUGUUUGUGGAUUUUGUUAAACAGUAACCACUGGUCCUGUUGAGGGCUAAGCAGUGAGAGAUAAGCCAGGUUUAAAUGAUAAUUUCCGAGAAGCAUUAGUGUGUUUUCCGGGUAACUGUAGAGUCUUGUUUAACUGACACAGAUCAAGUGUAGCCCACAUAAAGUGUGAUGGAUUUAACAAACUAAAAUGCAUUUAUUGGUGUAAUCACCAUGUUUUUAUAGCCUUGUUUAUAGACAGGCAUGGCAAGGCGUGAUUUUUCUGGGACAAGGCUAGUUCUGAUCUGUGUCUGGGACUAAGCCUGUCUUACUAAGCGUAUAGAUAAGAGAUAUUGUUUUGAACCACAGAAUGGUUCAUUUGAGCUAAGUGGAAAGAAACUUGAUUCUAGCUUGACAUUGUUGGAGAUUAGUUUUUAUGUGUUUAUGAUUUAUUUUGCAUCAUAACUAGCUGCAGCUAUUUUUGUGGUGUUAGCAAAGAACGUGAUGUACAAAGAAUAAUAUAAAUAAAGUAACCAAUUUACGAUAAAAUCUUAUGAGAAACUAAACAUAAAACAUACAAAACCGUUUCAAAACAAAAUAAAACCUUUAAAAUGUGACAAGACAAAAGAAGUAAUCAAGACAUUCAGCCAUUUAACUGAUUGGCAGGUGCAUUUGCAGAGUCUGUGUGAGGGAGGAAUGCUGUACUGUGUGUAAGUGAGAAAGUAGUGUUGAGCGUGUGGUAUGCUUGUUUUUUAUAUUCCUGUGUCCUGAUUUAAGCUGAACAUGCUGUCAAAAAGAAGACACCUGUUGCUUCUUAUUUCUUUGUAUCCUCAAGGUUUUUGUUAGUGUGAAUGUGCAUGAACUGUGUACUGUAUUUCUACACUUGGGAACUUGACCUGUACAGAUCUAUUUGUAAUUAUAUAACAAAUUUAAACUAAAUGAGAGGUUUGCUUUUAAAUUGUAAAAUAAAUGUAUGUCUAUAUUUGA